AUGAAGUCCGAGUCCUCCGCAGAACAUGUCCGUGAUGCCGGCGGUGGCGGUUGUUCAGACUCAAAUCCAAAACACCAGAACUGGUUCCAUAAAACGCUGAAGCCCAAGAAAAUCAACGCCAGGUAUCCUAUCAAAGGCUCACCCUUAUUGUUUGCAACAUGCGGUUUCGGUAGUCUUGGUGAUGCCUUGUUUGGCUACAAUUCAGAUUACGGCGGCGCGGACGGCUCCACGGACGGUGUAAACCCAACCAUCACCGGUAUCUCAGUCGCCUGUCUCCAACCCACCGCCGCCCUUGGUGCACUUGUCGCCGGAUGGCUAGGUGAUAUAAUCGGAAGGAAGAAGUGCGUCCGUCUCGGCGGAUUGAUUUACUUCUUCCGCGCCUUUAUCCAAAUAUUCGCCCCGGAUUUUGCAACCUUUAUUGCUGGACGCACCAUCCAAGGUUUGGGAGUUGGGUUCCUAUCCAUGGCUGUCCCCAUCAUCCAGACGGAAAUCGCAGCUCCACAUGCCCGAGGCCAUAUGGUCGGAAUUGAAUACACCUUCCUCAUCGCUGGCUAUAUGCUUUAUUGCUGGGUGGACAAUGGAUUCAAUUUUCUUCUUCCCGACAAGUUGUCCUGGCAAGGCCCCUUCAUCACCCAGAUCGUGCUUUCAUUCAUCUUGGUCGCGAUGUCAUUCUUCCUCCCAGAAACACCUCACAGUUGCGGAUCUCCACUCGAACGGCUUCACCUCGUCAUCGCCGGCUUCUGCCUGUUCUCGGCUGGCCUGAGCUACUUCUACUACGUCGAGACGGCCUGCCACACGCCCGAGGAGAUUGCCGUCGCGUUCGGCGACAAGGCGUUCGAGGGCGAUGAUGGCGAGGUUAUGGCGACAGCCAGGCAGGGGAGUCUGGCCAGGGCGCGGAAUGGGAGUACCGUGGCGGACGGGAAAACUGAGAAGGAGAAGGCGGCGGAGGAGGACUGA